GAGAUGCCUGGGCCUCUCCUGGGAGAGGCAGGAGCUCAGACAGCCCUGGGCCCCCGCCAGCCCCCACCUGGCAUUUGUCUGUGUCACUGUCAGGAUUUGUCUAGCGCCGCGUCCCCUAGCAGGGGUGUGUUGGGGGGAGCCCUCUUUCCAGACUCUCAAAAUGGUUAUCAAAGUGUUUGUUGCCACAUCUUCUGGGUCCAUAGCGAUUAGGAAGAAACAGCAAGAAGUAGUGGGCUUUUUGGAAGCGAAUAAAAUCGACUUUAAGGAAUUCGAUAUUGCUGGAGAUGAAGACAAUAGGAGAUGGAUGAGGGAGAAUGUUCCUGGAGAGAAGAAACCUCAAAAUGGGAUCCCUCUGCCUCCCCAGAUCUUCAACGAAGAACAGUAUUGUGGGGAUUUCGACUCUUUCUUCUCUGCAAAAGAAGAGAAUAUUAUUUAUUCGUUCCUUGGCUUGGCUCCCCCUCCAGGCUCAAAGGUGACAAAAUCGCCCGAGGAAGCUUCAUCCCUUCCCAAUGGUGACGUGGCUGGAGAGGCGCAGAGCACCACUGAGGGAGCAGAGAAGCCUGGAGACGGUGGAGAACAGGAGGCUCAGAAGGAGGAGAGUGAAGAGGCGGGCGACCUCGGCGGAUCCCAAGAGAAGCAUGAAGAAGAGGGAGAGACAGCCCCAGAAGAGGCGGGCGACGUAACGGAGGAGGGAGCAGAAGGGGAAGCAGAGGACGAGGAAGCCGAAGCGGGAGAAGAGGAGCCAGGAGACGACGAAGAGGCCGAGGAAGAUUCGUAGGCCGUUGCCUGCCUUGUUCUUCUACCUGUCCAGGACACUCAAGUCACGAAGCAGCAUUUCAACGGUCCCCCCCAAACCCCACUCAACAAGAGUGCUUUGGCCGGAAGCUGGCACAUCCGGGCUUCACUGCGGCAUCGCGUAUCUGACGUGACGAGGUGUCCUUGCGAAUAUCUGCUUAAUCAUGUCAACGCGAAGUCAGAUGUGAAGUCCCACGCCUACCUUCAUGAGCCUGACAUUUGUGGCCUUGGCUUAAUCUUUUUUUUCUCUGCAUGAAUAGACAGAUCUUCUAAUACCCUGAAAAAAAAAAUGCUUUCAAAAUAUAGAACUUCUCUUUGUGAUAUAAGAGUCUUUGUAGGUGCCUUAGGCUACAUGUCUCAGAAUUAGCUUUGCAGACACCAGUCUUACCAAUAAAGGUGAUUAGCAAAUA